AUGAAAUUGGCGCUGACGGAAGCCUGUCUGGCUUUGAAGCCCCACCUGCUCACCUACUCAAUGAUGGAAAACGAGCGGUUGAUUAGGUGCCUGGUUCAAAUCCCGCUAAAAUGGCGGCAGAGGGACAUGCGCAAAACCACUUUUAAGGGAGGCAUAGUGCCAAAGCGAUUGGAUGCCAUUUUCAACCUGCAAGCAAUGGAAGAGUGCUUCUGUAGUCAUAUGAGCUGCUCCGAAUAUUCGGACUUGAUGCACCAACCCUGUCCUGCAUCCGGUGUCAGUUUCACUGUACAAAAGCAUGUUACGUGGAUGAAGCGAGGCCGGUCAUCGGAUAAAGUUGAGAACAAACUUUGCUGUAGGCUACAAGGCAUUAAGUUCAAGUGCCUUAUCCGAAUUUGUCUGCAUUCCUCCGCAAGAGCCAGCGGCAUUCUCUGA